GGUCGAGGCGUGAGCGACCACGCGCCCGCCGGCGGCACCGCGCCAUGGCAGGUACCCUGACCCCGCUGGCGCACGGGCUACUCCUGCUGCUACUGCUGCCGCUAGUCGCCGCCAGCAUCUCCCGACUGGAGAACGUCAACAAAACGAGGAUUAGCAGCAACGGAUUCGCUGAGGCGAGAACGAUACAGAUCACUGGCAGCCGCAUCGGGAUAGUCGAGCGCGACGCCUUCUCCCAUCCGGCGAACGUGACGGACGCGACGCUCCUCAUCGUCGACACUACGAUAGGCGACUGGUAUGCUAACGACAUGAGCUCCUUCGUCAACGUCACCAUCACGGGGAGCACAAUCGAGCGGCUGCACGCCGGCGGCAUCAACGUCUCCCGGCUGGGCCACGGCAACUGCACGCCGCCGGCUGCCGCCUCGCACGUGCACGUCCGCCUCACGAACAGCACGGUCGGCACGCUGGCCAGCGGCGCCGUCACGCUGCGGGCCGGCGGCGGUGUGCUGCGGCUCGACAGCAGCGCGAUCUCCAGCGUCGGCGCCGGCGCGCUGCGGCUCUCAUUCCGCGUCCGGCUGCGCGUCAGCAGCAGCGUCUUCGGCGCGCUCUCCCCGCACGCGCUCCGCGACGUGUGCUCCGACCUCGUCACCUUCCGCUCGAACCGGCUGCACACCGUCGGCGCUUAUUCGCUGCGCUUCGGUUCGGAGCUGUGCGCGGCGACCUGUCCGCUCGCGCGCCUCUUCGUGCGUCGCAUCCGCGACAAUGUGCUGCCCUGCGACGAGCGGCUUCGUUGGCUGCGGGACGCGCAGGCCGACUGCAGCGCGCUGCCGAAGUCGGUCGCCGACGACUACCGUCUGUUCGCUGACAGCUCGCUGUGCGGCGACGAGGGCGUGCCACGGAAGGUGGCUCAGUUCCUGGGGCCGUCGCGCACCGGGUCGCGGCUCACGCGCUUGGAGCUGGUGAUGGCGGUGGUGGUGCCGGUGGGGAUGCUGGCGCUGGCCACUGGGGCGCUGUUUGGCCGCUGGUGCGGCCGACGGGCGGCGCGCGAGCAGAGCUUUGACGAGGAGCCCCACGCGCUCCAGGUCAGCCAGCCGCUGCACCCGUCCAUCUACCGCAAGGAGCGACAACGCCAACAGAAACUGGUGGACGCCAGGGAGAAGCCACCCACACAGCCGGACAGGACUGAAACUGUCCUCGCACAGCCGGACAGGAUACCAGAGAACGAUUACGUGCCAGUGAUGCGUCCGCCGCUGUCGGUGCCGCCGGAGAGCGACAUCCCACCUCCAGUAUGCAGCCGGCCACCGCCAAAGGGCCAUCUCGACACCGCCAACGAGCCGCUCUACGCAAACCUGCACGGCGCGAGGGCGCUGGCCGGCUGGAAGAACUAGGCUCGCCCGUGGCGGGAGCAGGCUCGAGUGUGGCGGGAACGGGCUGGACUGUGGCGGGAGCAGGCUCGACCGUGGCGGGAACAGGCUGGACUGUGGCGGGAGCAGGCUGGACUUUGGCGGGAAAAGGCUGGACUGUGGCGGGAGCAGGCUCGACCGUGGCGGGAACGGGCUGGACUGUGGCGGAAGCAGGCUCGACCGUGGUGGGAACAGGCUGGGCUGUGGCGGGAGCAGGCUCGACCGUGGCGGAAACAGGCUGGAUUGUGGCGGGAGUGAAAUCGACUGUAGCGACGCCUCCGGGCUUGGUCGACAUGAGUGUGGUGCACCAGCAGUGUUCUAGGAUA